AUGAAGCUCCAUUUUAAAGUAUUUGAUUUUAUACCCGCACGGCUCAGUGUUGCCAUCAUGCUAUUUUUCGCAUGCUGGAUCAACUACAUGAUGCGAGUAAACAUGAGUGUGAAUAUCAUCGCCAUGGUACCCGAAGAUGGUCAAACUACCUCGGUGAAAAGCGAAUGCGAGGCCAUUGCGAAUAACGACAGCUUAUUAUCAAACGUCAACGCAACUGUGGUAACAAAGCGGCACUUACGGCAG